CUCCCGCUUCCCACGUGACGCGACGCCGCUGCCGCCAUGUUGAGUGAGGGCAAUGAGGCCUCCUCCGUAACUUGAGUGCGGGGAUGCCAAGGAGAAGGAAGACCGCGGAGGGCCCUGACUCUCGAGGUCAGGAUGGAGAGGAAGAGGAGGAAGAGAAGAGGCGUGCAGCCAGCGCCAAGAAGAAGCGCAGCUUUGUGGAUGCCUUUAUUGUUAUCUCUGACAGCGAUGGAGAGCAGGAGUCAAAAGAAGACAGCGGAUUGCAAACGAAAAGAGCAAAACAGCAGCUGGAUAGAACGAAGUUUGCUGCUAAAAGAAAAAUUGCACAGAUGACUGAAGAGGAACAGUUUGCACUGGCCCUGAAAAUGAGUGAGCAAGAAGCCAGACAAGUGAACUGUCAGGAAGAGGAGGAAGAGGAACUCUUGAGGAAGGCCAUUGCUGAGAGCCUAAAUAGCUGUCAGCCCUUGGAUUCCUCCAGUGCAACCCCGCAGUUGUCUGUGGAAGUGCUGGACGCACAAGGCCAAAGCCACCCCGCUGAGCAAGAGGGCUGUGGGAUCCUGGGAGGCCUGGCGCCUUGCCCUGACACCCCUCGCUCCAAGGGCAGCUCCCACUCACAGAGCAGCAGAGCUGAUGGGAGUGGACAGAUGGAUGUUGCCCGGAGCCCCCUGGUAGUGUUGAGGAGGUUAAGCCAGGAAAUCGUUGAAAGCUCACUAGUAUCCAGCAUAAUCGUGUCUCCGGGGAAGAGCCAGCCUCUGACAAGGUCAAGUGAAAAGUCUUCCUCGCCACCUAAGAAUGAUUCUAGUAACAUGUUACCCAGCACCCUGAGAGAGGACCUCAUCUCUCUGAGUCCCACCUUUGGCAGGGUUCCUUCAGGUUCCUGGCGGCUGACACCUCGCAGACUGUUCACAGGCUCCUCCGGCCCUUCCAAAGCAGCAGACCACGAACCACAAGAGCAGCCCCUGCCCAGCUCUGGCCAUUCUGCGGGAGAAGCCAGUGCUGGGAGCUCAGCCCAGCUCUUGAAGAGCUGUACCACAGAGCAGGGUGGCAGCCCCAGGAUGAGUGGUUCUGGGGCAGGUACUAAGCACACUCAAAAAUCCAGGCGUGCUGCCACGGUCUGUGUUACCACAGAGCAAGCAGAGCAAAACGAGGUGUCCGACUCUUCUGAGCUUUGCAUGCUGAACGUGGCAGAGGAGAAGCACAAGGAGGAGGUGAGAGACACGGUGCACUAUUACUGGGGAAUCCCAUUCUGCCCCAAAGGAGUGGACCCCAACCAGUACACCAGUGUCAUCUUGUGUCAGCUGGAGGUUUACCAGAAAAGCUUGAAGCAGGCUCAGAGGCAGCUAUUGCAUAAGAAGGAGUUCGGUAACCCAAUUGUGCCCAGUUCGUCCUUAAGCCAAAGUGAGCUCGAGAAAGGAGAGCAGAUAAGCAGAGAGAAUGGGGUUGCUGAUGGCACAGAAGAUGGAGAUCCAGGCACUCAGAAGGAGUGUGAGAGCAUCACCUGGCUCCUCCCUUCAAAGAAGAGGGAGGCAGAAAGUCCGGGGCACGAUGUGGAAGAGGAGAAGAACUCUACUUGUGAUGAUGAACCAACCACGAGCUACUGCCAGGCCUCCCAGGUGCCGUCCACAGAGGGUGUGCGUGGAGAUGGGGAGCCCAUGCAAACUGCACAGAGCAUCUGCACGUUGACCCCGCUUGGCAGUAAGAGGAGCCCAGACAUUGCCAGAGAAAACUCUGCAGAAGAAGAGAUCUCUGUUUGCCCAGAGACCCAGCCGAGUCCAUCGGAAAGCAUUGAGCCGGAGAGGGAAGAGCUUCCCUCGGUCAGCAAAGAUGCACCCAUGCAGGCUGGUGGAGAUGGCAGUGCUCUCUCUGAGGGCAGCGACACGGCUGCUGACCACGUUCCAUGCCCACUGUGUGACCAAGGCUUCCCUGCUGCGGAGAUCGAGCUGCACGCCAUGUACUGCAAUGGCAUCGUGGGAGAGGAUGCUGCCACGGACAGCCCAGUGCUCACGCGGGGUCGGAGAGAGUCACAGAGUAAAGCUGCAGGUGGUGAAAGCAGCCAGACGCCCUCAGGUUCUGACAAGUGUGAGAAGUGCUACCUCUGUAAGUCACUGGUGCCACUGCUGCAAUAUCAGAGGCACGUGGACAGCUGCCUCCAGGCUGCUAGGCAAGCUCAGGGAACCAGGAGGCUGCGAAGCACCAAGGUUGUGGCAAGGCACAAGAGGGGACUCCUCAGCGUGCUGGAGCUCUCGGAGAGCAAGUCUGCAGGUGCCGACACGGGGACCCACAUCCCUGGAAUAGACGACCAGCGGAACCCCAGCGCGCUGCCACACGGCGCCGAGGAUGAGGAGAAGGCCGAGCACAGCGCGUGCUCCCUGCUGCCCCCCGCUCCUGACUCCCCCCCCCCGGGCAGCCCGCCGCCCGCCCCCCCCGCCCGUGCCGGCCGCCGCAGGAAGCGCAAGUUCUGAGCUCGGCCCUCCUCCCCUCUUUUCUACGUUUUGUACGACCGGCGCAGGAGCGCCGGGGAGGAGGGACUGCGUGUUUUAUAGGUGCCGGUGCCGCCGCGCUCUCUG